GAGUGGGGACAAGGCAACUUGUCUCGUCAGUCCUAGACUAACAGUUGGGAAAUCUUUGCGGUAAAGUAUAGCAAAGGGCCGGUCUGUGGGAACCCUGCCCAGCAGCCUCCCCUCCCUUCCCCUGGGUGGAAGGAGCCAGGGGCGGGGCCAGAGAAAGGGUUGGGGGGAUCCGUCCCCAGCGCCCCUCCAUUCACCACCCCACCUUCCAGCUGCGAGAACAGAUGGACGCAGCCAGGGCUCACCUCGGGGGCUCCUUGCCCGCUGCGCGCCGAGAUCCGGGGUGAGACGGAGAUCUGGAGACUCCCCCCGCCCCCCGCACUCCCCUUUCCCGCCAGGGGAAGCAGCCUCUGAGCACCCCCUCUCCGAGGGGGAGAAAAGCGGGUGCGAACCUCGCGGGUCCUAAAAUUGGGGGGUUCAAGAGACCCCGCUCCGCGCGCGGGCCACUCAUCCCCCAGGGCUUGGGCAGGACUCUUGGCUCCAAGACCCCUUCCCGGGGCUUCCAGCCCUGGUGCCAUCUGGGGACUGGACCCCCGCCUGGCCGCGCCCCGCCCCCGGCCCCCGCCCGGCCGACGUCGCAUUAGCAUGAGCGACGCUAGUGGCCCGGGCACCACUCGGGGGCCGAGACUCGCCGCGUCACAGCCCCGAGUGGAAAGGGAAAAAAGAGGAGGCGGCGGCGGCGGAGGCAAGAGCCGGCGCGCGGGGAGGGAGCGCGGCGCGGGGCGAGCGCACGGGCGGGCGGCGGCAGUAUGCCCCUCGGCGGGCGCGGGCGGCCUCUGCGCUCGGCGGGCACGGCUCCGGCUCGGGCCCCGGCCCCGGGCCGCCCCUGAGCCCCGCGCCCGCGGGUCUGGGGCUCGGCAGCGAAAUCUCCGAGGCGCCUAGCCGGACGGGGUCCUUGCAGUUCGCGGGGCGCGGGGCCAUGAGCCCGGCCGCCACCUGAGGCACAGGGGGCGCUGCGCGGCGCGGACGCGCCCCCGAAGUUCCGCGCCCGGGUCUCGGCACAGCUGGGCACCCGCGUCCGGCCCCGGCGGAGGCGACCUCGGGAGAGCGGUCGGGUGGGGGCCAUGGAGCCGGCGGCGGCGUCCGCGGGCCAAGCCCGAGAGGCAGCCACGAAGCUGUCGGAGGCGGUGGGCGCGGCGCUGCAGGAGCCCCGGCGGCAGCGACGCCUGGUGCUGGUUAUCGUGUGCGUGGCGCUCUUCUUGGACAACAUGCUGUACAUGGUCAUCGUGCCCAUCGUCCCCGAGUACAUCGCUCACAUGCGCGGGGGCAGCGAGAACCCCAUCCUGACCACCGAAGCGUGGGUGCCCACCCUGCCGCCGCCGACCGUGGCCAAUGUCAGUGCCGACGCUCUCAACGUCUCAGAGUCCCCGCGCGCCGCGUGGCCGUCCGGCUCAGCGCUGCGGCCCCGCUACCCCACGGAGAGCGAGGACGUGAAGAUCGGGGUGCUGUUCGCCUCCAAAGCCAUCUUGCAACUGCUGGUGAACCCCCUGAGCGGGCCCUUCAUCGACCGCAUGAGCUACGACGUGCCGCUGCUCAUCGGCCUGGGCGUCAUGUUCGCCUCCACCGUGAUGUUCGCCUUCGCCGAGGACUACGCCACGCUCUUCGCGGCGCGCAGCCUGCAGGGCCUGGGCUCGGCCUUCGCGGACACGUCUGGCAUCGCCAUGAUCGCCGACAAGUAUCCCGAGGAGCCGGAGCGCAGCCGCGCGCUGGGUGUGGCGCUAGCCUUCAUCAGCUUCGGCAGCCUCGUGGCGCCGCCCUUCGGGGGCAUCCUCUACGAGUUCGCGGGCAAGUGCGUGCCCUUCCUGGUGCUCGCCGCCGUGUCGCUGUUCGACGCGCUGCUGCUGCUGCUGGUGGCCAAACCCUUCUCGGCCGCAGCGCGGGCGCGGGCCAACCUGCCGGUGGGCACGCCCAUUCACCGCCUCAUGCUGGACCCUUACAUUGCAGUGGUGGCUGGCGCGCUCACCACCUGCAACAUCCCCCUGGCUUUCCUCGAGCCCACCAUCGCCACCUGGAUGAAGCACACGAUGGCGGCGUCCGAGUGGCAGAUGGGCAUGGUCUGGCUCCCGGCCUUCGUGCCGCACGUGCUAGGCGUCUACCUCACCGUGCGUCUGGCGGCGCGUUACCCACACCUGCAGUGGCUGUAUGGAGCCCUGGGGCUGGCGGUGAUCGGCGCCAGCUCGUGCAUGGUGCCUGCGUGCCGCUCCUUCGCGCCGCUGGUGGUCUCGCUCUGCGGCCUCUGUUUCGGCAUUGCGCUGGUGGAUACCGCGCUGCUGCCCACCCUCGCCUUCCUCGUGGACGUGCGUCAUGUAUCUGUCUACGGUAGCGUCUAUGCUAUUGCCGACAUCUCCUAUUCGGUGGCCUACGCGCUAGGGCCCAUCGUGGCGGGCCACAUCGUGCACUCGCUGGGCUUUGCGCAGCUCAGCCUCGGCAUGGGUCUAGCCAACCUGCUCUACGCGCCUGUCUUGCUGCUGCUGCGCAAUGUGGGCCUCCUGACGCGCUCCCGCUCCGAGCGCGACGUGCUGCUUGACGAACCGCCGCAGGGUCUGUAUGAUGCCGUGCGCCUCCGUGAGCGCAAUGUGCAGGGGUCCGACGGCGCGCCUCACAGCCCGCCAGGCCCCUUUGAGGAGUGCGAGGAGGACGACUACGACUACUACACCCGCAGCUAGCACUCCCGCACCGCACCUCCUCCAGCACCCCUCCGCCCCCCGCCCCCCCCCGCCCCCCCCCCACUCUCGGGUCCAGGCGACUGCUCUGUGAGCGCACUGGCCGGCUCAGGCUCAGGGCCCACCCCCUCCAGCAAGUACCCCGGGCGCCUCCCCUGUCUUAACCUUCCCGGCCCGGCUCCCCUUUCUCUCCACGACCUUUGUCUGUGUCGCUCUCUUUCUCGUCCAGUGGGGCGUGGAGCACCAAGGCGCGCAAGAGAGAUGGGAUGCGGUUCGGUUCAGAGAUGAAGAGGCGCCUGCCGCCCCCCUCGGGCUCCGUGCUGUAAAGGUGUGCACCCCUCCCCGCCCCCAGUCUGUCAUUCCUUUCCUUCCUGCCACUGCCAACUCGGCCCGCAGCACCGCGGUGCCUUCCGUCCGA